AUGAUUGGAAAUGUCCUCAAAAGUCGAUAUGAGAUUGUGGCCAAGUUGGGCUAUGGGGGGUUUUCGACCGUCUGGCUCGCACGGGACAUUGAGCAAUAUACGUAUGUCGCUCUCAAGAUUGGCGUCUCUGACACCCGAACACAUGAGACAACCGUGAUGAAGGCGCUAUCAGAAUCCAAACCUAGCGUUUCGACAACAUCUGUCGCGGCAUCGGGAGCUGGCGCCAUACCUGUGCCCCUCGACGAAUUCACCGUGCAUGGUUCCAACGGUACGCAUCCCUGCUACACUACUGCUGUGGCAGAAUGCAAUAUCAGAGACUGCUCUUCCUCGAGAAUGUUCAAGUUGGACGUGGCCAGGGCUUUGGCACUCAAGCUCGUGUCAGCCGUGGCAUACAUGCACGACCAGGGCUAUGUUCAUGGUGAUAUUCAUCUCGGCAAUGCAAUGAUCAAGCUCAACUCUGGCUUGAGCACCUUGUCUAUCGACCAACUAUACAUACGCCCGCAGACAGAAGAGAUAUCCAGAGCUGAUGAAGGCGCCCUGCCACCCAAUGUUCCCGCAAGAGCAGUUCGGCCUCUCGAUCUUGGCAAGCCGGCUUCUGAGAUAUCUUUGCAGGAAACCAACUUGCUUCUCAUUGACUUUGGCGAAUCCUUUGCACCAGCGGAAACUUUCCGUCCUUGCCAGGACUGCCGCUCCUAUUUAGCCGCGCGGCCACCAGAAUGUCGGUUCGAGCCAUCAUCGCCGCUCUCCUUCUCUGCCGAUAUUUGGUGUCUCGGAAUCGCCCUCUGGGAUCUCAUAGCGAUGAAACCUCUGUUCAAUGACCAGCUUGUGCCGCCAGACUCUGUCGUUGCGCAGCAAGAGGAUAUCCUCGGGCCAAUGCCGCCGCAGUGGUGGAAACAGUGGGAGAAGCGGCUCGAGUAUUUCGACGCAGAGGGUAAUUCCGCUCGAGGAAAUGACGACACCUCUCCUCCACUUGAUGAAGCCUUCAAAGUUUGGGGACAGAAAUACAGGGCAAAGCGCAAGGCUGGCGUGUUACCACAAGAUGAAGAAGCGGCCUUCAUUUCCCUGCUGAGUCGGAUGCUGUCUUUGGAUCCGAGAGCUCGACCCUCGGCAAACGAAGUGCUUGCGUCGGAAUGGAUCAAGAACUGGGCGAUGCCAAGCUUCGAGCAGAGUCUUGCGGGGACACCGGAACAGAAUGCUAUGCCCUAG